AAGACAUACCGGACGCUGAUUAGAGUUGGUCUUUACUCAGGCGGCGCGUACGCGCCCGCUCGAACCAAGUUGGGCGUUUGCGGCCGAGCCGUCCUCCGCGACCAGUUCCUCCUCCCCUCGCGUUCGUCCACAGAGCUCCAGCUGUUUCCGCGUCCCCGGCAACGCCCUCGAGCGUACGCGAACAGCCUUGCGAAUACCGAUCUCGCGAGCAAUAUCGCAGCCCCCUCGAAGCCGACCCCUACGUCCUACACUUCUCUCCGGCACGCUCUCGACGGCGACUCGGUAGGCCGUUAUCAUCCGCAACAACCCCCGUCUGCGUCCGCUCAGAUGGCCACCGACGGCCGUUACAUCUACCACUCCCCUGCGGACUUUCCCCCGCCCCCGCCGCAGUAUCAAUAUACGUCUUACCCACCCGGGGCGCCGUAUGAGAACGGGCAGUACGCCCAGAGCGCGUCCCGCCCGCCCGUACGCUCUCCGCCGCCUCCCCCGCAGUACAACCCUCCCCCGCCUGCACCUUAUCCUCCCCAACAGGGAUACCCACCACAAGCGUACGGUGUCCCUCCACCCCCGCAGCAGCACGCGCCUCCUCCCCAACACGCGCAACACCCACCGCCGCCCCAACAGCAAUGGUCAGGCGAGUGGUCUCAUCACAAUGCCCCGUACCCCCCGGGCCCACCGCCGCCAGGACAGCAGCAACACCAACAACAGCCGCCGCCGCCUCCAUCGUACCAUCCCCCACCACCCGCGCGUUCCGACCAGUCCCCGCAAACCGCGCACGAUGACCGGCGCUAUGCGCAGCCGCCCCCGAGACAAGAGCCCCGCAGGCACGACGAGCGGCCCCCUCCCCCGCGGCAAGAGGCUCCGCCGCCGCAAUCAGCACGCAAAACUAGGGAAAACGACCGCCCCGCCGCCUCGGCGCCGCCAGUGGCUCAGCAACCACCGCCCCCGCCGCCUCCACAGCAGCAGCAGCAGCAGGCCCCGCCCCCGGUGCAAGCGCAGCCUCCGCCUCCACCCGUGCAGGCGCCUCCUCCAUUAGCUAUGUCCCCCGUCGGGAUCGACUUUGCCAAGCUGGUGGACUCGUACCGCAUCAUCAUCGACUCGGCAAACGCGCUGUCGUACGAGGCAACUCAACCGCGCGCGGCGGCGACCGCGGAGACGAUCGAACGUAUGCGGCAGGCGGCAUCGUACGGCGCACAGGUGCUUGACGCGGCCGCAAAACGCAUCGCGCCAGAGCCUCCGCGGCCCCCCACGGCCGCGCCGCUGCCCGCAGCAGGAGCAAACGCAAACGCACCGCCAGCGGGAGAGCGGUCCCCCGAGGAGGGAGGCGACGCGCGACAGGCGGAGAAUCCGCCGGCGACAGAGGGGCAGACCUGUCUGGGCUGCAACGCGACGUCGACACCCGAAUGGCGUCGCGGGCCGAUGGGUCCGCGCACGCUGUGUAAUGCCUGCGGACUCGUGUACGCUAAACUGAUCAAGAAGCGCACAAGGGAUGGGACGGGUGGGCGUGGGCGCGGCGGCGCAGGCAAGGCGGGCGCGGGCGCGGGGCCGGGGCAAGCCAAUGCCUCCGCGGACGACGCAGGCGCGGGGUCGAGCGGCGGCGAAGGCGGCAGUGACGACGACGGCGACUCGUACGGUUCGCAGCAAGAUAGACGAAGUGAGAUUGGCGGCUAUGCAGGGGGGCGGGACUGAAGCCUGGCGGCGGCGGGGCGGACGGACGCUGCUGCCCGCGUCGAUAUUCGUGUUUGCUGUUCUCUCCCGUCGUGCUGCUCGUAUGUUUUCCUCCGGUCGCUGGUGAGCUCUCCGCGUCUCUCUCUCCCGGUCUGUGUUGUGUAUCUCCCCCUCCCCGCCUUCGUUCGUUCGCCCGGUGUCCGUUCUUGCUACCCUCUCCUUCGUGUCUUCCGUUGUGCCAUAUAUCCGUAUACAUACCGUACAUAUUGUGCCCCACACCUCCCUCCCCGAGUCCUGUCCUUUGAGCCCUAUCCUUCCCCUCCUUGCCGCCCCCCUUCCAUCCCCCGUACCCUGUGUAUCCGUCGCCGCCGUGUGUGUAAUAUCUGUUCCUUGGAUGCAGUUGAUGCAUGUAUGUCUCUC